GGGGGAGAAUAAAAGAAGAGUACUGUAGAGAUUGAGUCUUCAUUGACAGCAGAGCAGGAUCAGGUGGGAGGAUGUGCAGAACUCCACUGUGGCUGCUGGCCUCUCUGGCCUUUGCAUCCCUGUCUUCUCCAGCUGAUGGAGCUCCAGUGGAAGUGAUGUCUGCCCCCAACUUGUUGCGGGUAGGAACAGCAGAAAACAUAUUUGUGGAAUGUCAAGAUUGCUCCGAAGGUGAUAUCCACGUCAAAAUCAGGGUCAUGAAUCAUCCAACCAAAAUCACAAAGCUGGCAGACCAAACUGUGCUCCUUAAUAAAGAAAACAACUUCCAGAACUUUGGGAAAAUUACAAUACCUGUCGGGGACUUCAGUAAGGAUCCCAAGGUGAAGCAGUAUGUGAACCUGCAAGCUCACUUCCCUGGCCAGGUGCUAGAGAAAGUUGUCUUAGUUUCCUUCCAGUCCGGUUACAUCUUCAUCCAGACUGACAAGACCCUCUACACCCCCGACAGCACAGUUCGUUACAGGAUCUUUGGUUUGACGCCCGGUAUGGAGCCUGUAGAGACUGAUGAGGCCACCCAAACUGAUGCUUCUAUUUCCAUUGAGUUUGUGACUCCUGAAGGCAUCAUUUUACCACUUGAGCCAGUCACUCUGAAAUCAGGCAUCCACUCUGGAGAUUUCCCAUUGGGUGAAAUUGUCAGUCGUGGACUUUGGAAAGUGGUUGCCAAGUUCAACAGCAACCCACAGCAGAGUUACUCUUCAGAGUUUGAGGUCAAAGAAUAUGUGUUGCCCAGUUUUGAGGUCAAACUGAUACCUGAGUUCGCCUUCUUCUAUGUGGACAGCAAUGACUUUACCGUCGAAAUUAAAGCUACGUAUCUGUUUGGUAAAGAGGUGGAUGGGACAGCCUAUGUGGUAUUCGGGGUUGUGAUGGAGCGUGAAAAGAGGAGCUUCCCCAGCUCUCUUCAGAGGGUGCCGAUCAGGCACGGUGCUGGACGGGUCAAACUGAAGAGACAGCACAUCGAAGAGACCUUUAAUAUCACUGAGCUGGUGGGGAAUCCUUUGUAUGUAGCUGUCAGUGUGCUGACGGAGAGUGGUAGUGAAAUGGUGGCGGCAGAGUUGAGAGGUAUCAAGAUUGUCACUUCACCUUACACCAUCACCUUCAAGAAAACACCCAAAUAUUUCAAACCAGGAAUGACAUUUAAUAUGGCGGUUGAAGUUCUGAAUCCUGAUAAGACUCCAGCAAAUCGUGUUAGGGUGGUUGUAAGGGAAGGUUAUCGUGAGGUGCAGGGCAUCACUGCAGCCAACGGCAUAACUAAACUUACCAUCAAUACAGUGGCAGGAAAAGACAAUCUGAACAUCAUCGCAAAGACCAAUGAUAGUGGUAUUUCACUUGAAAGGCAAGCAACAGCCACCAUGAUUGCUGUCCCAUAUAAAACUAAAAGCAACAAUUACAUCCACAUCGAGGUGGAUACAGCUGAGCUUAAAUUAGGAGAUAACAUGAAAAUCAACCUCAACUUCAACGGGCAGCAAAACCAUAAUCCAGACAUCACAUACCUGAUCCUGAGCAGAGGUCAGCUGGUGAAACAUGGCCAUUACAAGAUGGAUGGAAACAUAGUGAUUUCCCUGCCCCCAUUUCCCAUCCAAAAAGACAUGCUGCCAUCAUUCCGCAUCAUAGCCUACUACCAUACAAAUGAAAAUGAAGUGGUGUCAGACUCUGUUUGGGUGGAUGUCAAGGACACCUGUAUGGGCUCGCUGACGCUGGAAUCAAAAAGCUCUGUUGCAUCCUAUGAGCCUCGUAAGAUGUUUGGUCUGAGGAUAACAGGAGACCCAGGGGCCACAGUAGGACUGGUGGCAGUUGACAAAGGCGUCUACGUCCUCAACAACAAGCACCGUCUCACCCAGAAAAAGGUGUGGGACAUGGUAGAGAAGUACGACACAGGCUGCACACCAGGUGGAGGGAAAGACAGCAUGAGUGUGUUCUAUGAUGCUGGGCUGUUAUUUGAGUCUAGCACUGCUUCUGGGACCGCACACAGACUAGAAUUGAAAUGUCCGGCCCCCAGCAGGAGGAAACGAGCCAUUACUAUAACAGAAGUUAUAACCAGCUUAGCGAGUCAGUAUAAAAAAGGACUACAACGUGACUGUUGUUUGGAUGGCAUGAAGGACACCCCCCUCUCAUACACCUGUGAGGUGCGCAGCGAGUACAUCACUGACGGUAUAGUCUGUGUCGAGGCCUUCCUUCACUGCUGCAAGGAGCUGGAAAGUCAGCGAGAUGAGAGGAGGCAUGACAGCCUUGUAUUGGCUCGCAGUGAGGAAGAUGACAGUUACUUGGACAGCAAUGACAUUGUUUCCCGCACCAAGUUCCCAGAAAGUUGGAACUGGCUAGAUAUUAAACUGCCUGCUUGCCAUCAAAGAAAUCCUAACUGUGCUACCACAUCUUUUGAGGAAAAUUAUCCUCUGCAAGACUCCAUCACAACCUGGCAGUUCACUGGCAUUAGUCUUUCAAGAACUCAUGGAAUCUGUGUUGGCGAGCCGUUAGAGGUAAUUGUACAGAAACAAUUCUUCAUUGAUCUCAGGCUGCCUUACUCUGCUGUCCGUGGAGAGCAGAUAGAAAUUAAGGCAAUACUCCACAACUACAGCCCAGACUCUAUCACAGUGCGUUUGGAUCUGAUUGAGAAAGAGCAUGUGUGCAGUUCAGCAUCUAAGAAAGGAAGGUAUCGUCAAGAGGUUGAAAUUGGCCAAGAAACAACACGAUCUGUACCCUUUAUUAUUAUUCCUAUGAAGGAAGGAAAAUACCAAAUAGAGGUCAAAGCAGCUGUUAAAAACGCAUUUGUCAGCGACGGAAUCAUGAAGUCACUGCUGGUGGUGCCUGAAGGGGAACUGGCUGAACCUUUUAAAAUUAUAACUCUGAACCCUAAAGGUGGUGAACAAAAAGAAACUCUCAACAGUGGAAUUACAAAAACAGAAAUGAUUCCAAACACACCUACUCGCACAUUGAUCUCUGUGACAGGGAGAGAGCAAGUAGGUGCACUGGUGGAGAAUGCCAUUGGUGGGAAGUCAAUGGGUAGUCUGAUCGUCCAGCCCUCAGGCUGUGGAGAGCAGAAUUUGGCCAAAAUGACCCUGCCUGUCAUCGCGACCACGUAUUUGGACAAAACCAACAAGUGGGAAGCUGUGGGCUUUACUAAGCGUAAUGAAGCUCUUCAACACAUCAAAACUGGCUACGAUAACCAGCUUAACUACCGUAAGGAAGAUGGUUCUUUUGCUGUGUGGCCCGAUGCAGCUAGUACCACCUGGCUGACAGCAUAUGUUGCCAAGGUGUUUGCCAUAGCUCACAGUAUGGCGGGAAUAGGAAGUCACGUGAUCUGUGACGCUGUCAAGUUUCUGAUUCUCCGUGCACAGCUACCUGAUGGCAGGUUUAGAGAAGUUGGACGAGUGUACCAUGGACAGAUGACUGGUGCAGAUUCAGAUGCCUCCAUGACAGCUUUCUGCCUCAUUGCUAUGCAGGAGUCACGCACGCUAUGUGUUACCACAGUUUAUAGUAUGCCAGACAGUAUAGCCAAAGCUGUUGCCUACCUGGAAAAUCGUCUGCCUAGUCUCACCAACCCAUAUGCUGUUGCCAUGACAUCAUAUGCCCUGGCCAAUGAAAACAAACUGAACCAGGAGAUACUCUUCAAGUUUGCUUCCCCAGAGUGUAACCACUGGCCUGUACCUAAGGGAGAUGUCUACACCCUGGAAGCCACAGCUUAUGCUCUUCUGGCUUUGGUCAAGGCUGAGGACUUUAAGAAUGCUGAACGUGUUGUGAGAUGGUUCAACAAACAGCAGUCUGUGGGUGGAGGCUUUGGAUCAACUCAGGCUACCAUAAUAGUGUAUCAGGCUAUAGCUGAUUACUGGACACGUGCAAAAGAACCAGACUAUGAUCUGAAUGUGGACAUCCUGUUACCAACCAAGUCAAACCCUGACAAGUACCACUUCAACAAGGACAACCACUAUGCCACAAGAACAUCUAAAAUGAAUGAUAUAAACCAGGAUAUAAAAGUCACUGCCAAGGGCACAGGAGAAGCAACGCUGAAAAUGGUGUCGCUGUAUUACCGUCUGCCUAAAGAAGAGAAGAGUGACUGUCAAAAGUUUAACCUGUCUGUGCAGCUCAUUGAAGAUAAAAUGGAUGAGGGUGAGAUGGUAUACAAGCUGACAAUAAAGAUUUUGUAUAAAGACGAGGAGCGUAAUGCAACCAUGUCAAUCUUGGAUAUUGGCUUGCUAACUGGUUUCACUGUUAACACAAAUGACCUUGACUUAUUGUCCAAAGGACAUGCCCGCACCAUUGCGAAAUAUGAGAUGAACACAUUCCUGUCAGAAAGAGGCUCACUCAUCAUCUACCUGGACAGAGUUUCUCACACACGUGAAGAGGAGGUCACUUUUAGGAUCCAUCAGAAGCUGAAAGUGGGCGUCUUACAACCAGCUGCUGUGUCUGUCUAUGACUACUAUGACAGGACACGCUGUGUGAAAUUCUACCAUCCAGAGAGAAUAGGUGGAGAGCUUUUGGUGCUCUGCAGAGGAACCGAAUGCACAUGUGCUGAAGAGAACUGCAGUAUGCAGAGAAAGGGCGACAUCCCCAACGAGCAGCGCAAGUCUAAGUUAUGUGAGAGUACACCAGUCAGCAAAAUUGAUUUUGCAUACAAAGUGAGAGUGGAGGGACGUAAGGACAGUGGUACCACCGACGUUUAUUCAAUGCGGGUAGUGCAAGUCAUCAAGGAAGGAACUUCUGAUGUGGGUCCUCUGGAUAAAGAUCGUUUCUUUCUCAGUUAUCCACGGUGCCGAGUGGCUUUAGGUCUGCAGGUUAACAAAACCUUCCUUAUCAUGGGUACAUCCAGAGAUAUUUCCAGAUAUGAUGAAACGUAUCAGUAUGUGCUCGGCGAGGGAUCCUGGAUUGAGUACUGGCCCACAGGCGCAGAGUGUCAAACUCAGGAACACAGACCAACCUGUUUGGGCAUCGAGGAUAUGGCCCAGGAGUAUACAUUUUUUGGAUGUCAGCUGAAGUAAAACUGAAGGAAAUAAAGUGUUCUUUUAAAAUGA